GUUUGCAUCUUCGCGUAAAAUGGUUAAAAACGAAUCAAACUUUGUGGUGGAGCGGAUUGUGGACAAGCGCAUCACUGCCGAUGGCAAGGUUGAGUAUUUCAUCAAAUGGCGCGGCUAUCCAUCGGGGGAUAAUACCUGGGAACCCGAAGAAAAUUGCGACUGCCCUGCACUCAUACAACGCUUUGAGGAGACGCGAGCCAAGUCAAAGAAACGCGGAGAAAAGAAACCAAAGUGCGAAGAAAUCCAAAAGCCGCGUGGUUACGAUCGUGGCCUGGAGCUGGCCGAAAUUAUGGGCGCUACAGAUGUCACCGGCGAAAUCAAGUAUCUAUUGCGGUGGAAAUAUUGUGAUGAAUUUGAUUUGGUGUCCAGCACCCUGGUGUCCGAGAAGAACCCCGAAAUGCUAAUCGAGUACUUUGAAAAGAUGGCACCCUAUACCAGUAACAUCGACAAGCUCAUGCAGGGUGUUCCACGAGAAUUGCGUGCCAUCGCUGCUCAAACUGGCUACGCAGUCAGCAGUGCGCCAACCGAUACAGUGGAACCUGCCAUCUGCAAUGUCGACAGUGAUCAAGUACUGAGUGCUGGAGAGGCAAAACAAACCUCAAUGGAUUUGCCAGUGGUGCCACAGCAUGCUGCGGAUACAGUUGUAGGUGCGGACAUGGAUAGCGUUGGAGUGUGCUAUUCCAUUCCCGUGCCGGGUGUGGGAAACAUUGCCAUCGAUGUUCCCAUGGUGGAAAAUUAGACAGACAGAUUAAAUUAGAUCGUAACAUUUUCAUAAUUUCAUUUAUGAUAUAACUAACAAAAUUAUUAUACUUAAAAUAUAAUUGCCAUAGUGCUGCUAAGUA